UGUCAGCGCGCCUGACGCGCGCAUGCGUGGUUUCCGAACUGUGUGCUGCUGCUGCUGCUGUUUGUGUGCGCGGCCGCGGCGUGUGUAGCUAUCUGCUGCAGCUGCUGGCUUUCUGAUCUCAGGGCCUGUGCAGCUUACCGGUGACAUGUCGUUCAACUUCGGGUCCGCCACUGGAGCUACGACUAGCCAGGGUACAUCAGGAUUCUCCCUGGGAAAUUUUACUCCAAAAACAACUGCAUCUGGUUUUGGAUUUGGCCCCGCUACCACCACAACAGCAACAGGAUUUGGCGGAUUUGGAGGGCUGGAGUCAGCGACCUCCAACGCCACUGGGUUUAACUUUGGUGGGUUCGGACUAGCUGCCAACCCAGCUUUAAACUUUAACAUUGGGAACUUCAGUGUUUCCUCUGCUCCAGCGCCUCCCUUCAAUUUUGGUAACACCCUGGCAAGUGCAGGUGGGUUUGGAGGCUUUGGAGCCGCAACGACCACAACUGCUGCUGGCUCAGGUUUUAACUUCUCUGCUCCAACUAAUACUGGCACAACUGGUCUUUUUGGUAGCACUCAGAACAAAGGAUUUGGGUUUGGAACUACAUUUGGCGCAGCAGCAGCAAACACAGGUUUAAAUACUGGGCUAUCCACCGGUCUGGGCUUCACAGGUUUCAACACUCAACAGCCACAGAAUGUCCUCGGCGGUGGCCUGUUCAGCCAAGCUGUGCAAAACACUAACCAGUCAAACCAACUGAUUAACACAGCAAGUGCACUCUCUGCACCAACAUUGCUGGGGGAUGAGAGAGACGCCAUCCUGGCAAAAUGGAACCAACUUCAAGCAUUUUGGGGAACAGGAAAAGGAUAUUUCAGUAAUAACAUUGCUCCUGUAGAGUUCACACAGGAGAACCCUUUUUGUAGGUUUAAGGCUGUUGGUUUCAGUUGCAUACCUAACAACAAGGAUGAAGAUGGUCUUGUGGAGCUUGUAUUUAACAAAAAGGAAUCUGACAUCCGGGCUCAGCAGCAGCAGCUAGUGGAAUCUCUCCACAAAGUCCUCGGAGGACACCAGACACUCACUGUAAAUGUGGAGGGAGUCAAGACAAUGCCCGAUGACUAUACGGAGGUUGUCAUCUAUGUUGUGGAACGCUCCCCAAAUGGAACCUCCCGGAGGGUUCCAGCCACUUCAUUAUACAACUACUUCGAGCAAGCGAAUGUCAAGUCUAAUCUACAGCAAAUAGGAGUCACAUUAACCAUGGCCCGAACAGAACUGUCCCCAGCCCAGAUUAAACAGCUGCUGCAGAACCCACCUGCAGGUGUGGAUCCAAUUAUAUGGGAGCAAGCAAAAGUAGACAACCCUGAUCCAGAGAGAUUGAUUCCUGUUGCAAUGGUUGGCUUCAAAGAACUGCUCAGAAGACUUAAAGUUCAGGAUCAGAUGACAAAACAGCACCAGUCCAGACUAGAUAUUAUAUCUGAUGACAUAAGUGAAUUGCAAAAAAAUCAGGCUACAACAAUGGCUAAAAUUGCGCAGUACAAACGCAAAUUAAUGGAGCUUUCCCACAAAGUUCUACAGGUUUUGAUAAAGCAAGAAAUACAGCGGAAGAGUGGAUUUGCUAUACAAGCAGAAGAGGAACAUUUACGUGUACAGCUGGAUACUAUCCAGUGUGAACUUAAUGCACCCACCCAGUUCAAGGGUAGACUUAAUGAGCUGAUGUCACAGAUCAGAAUGCAAAAUCACUUUGGAGCAGUGAGAUCAGAAGAAAAGUAUUAUGUAGACGGAGAUCUCUUGAGAGAAAUCAAGCAGCACUUCAAGCAACAGCAAGAGGGCCUGAGCCAUUUGAUCAGUAUAAUCAAGGAUGACCUAGAAGACAUCAAACUGAUUGAACAAGGCCUGAGUGACAGCAUUCAUAUACGUGGGGGAAUGUUCAGCUGACAUCAGAAGCCACCAGCUCUCUUUCAGAGACAUUAGUUGGGAAAGUGUAAUAAAAAUAUUCAGGUAUAAUGUGGAAUCCGCGAGAUCCGAGAUUUUGAUCUUCAGGUCCACAGUCAACAAUAAAGUGCUACUGUUACUGUAGAAACUGCAACAUUGUUGCUUCACAAUUGUUUUCUUUUAUCCACUAUUACAUGUUACACCGAUUAAUGCAUCAAGAAUUCCAUCGGCAACCUCUUUUCUAACCAUCUUUUUUUUUUUUACAAAUGAGCACUGACAGUAACAGCAAUAGAGUGAAGCAAUACUUUCAUAACAGGACUGUACAUUUGCUUCAUUAGAGCUUCUUCCAUUAGCACAUUGAUUUAAUGGUGAAAAUGAAAUGUGAAAGAAUAACACCCAACUGAUCUUAUAUUGAAAGAUAAAUUCUGUGUUAAGACUGCUUUACAUAAACACUGAUUUUUAAUAGUAUGGAGGUCUUAUUGGAAAUAUAUAAUAAAUAUUUUUCAUACGGA